AUGAGCUCGUCAACACCUCUUUUCGAGACAAUCGAAGCCGAUGAGCCCUCGGAAUACGAGCAGCGCACUUCUGCUCAGGGAACUAUUAACCCACCACCUACCACCAAUUCUGGGUCCAAUGCCUCCCGCCCAGCACAGCAGAUGGCUUCGAAUCCGGGAGACGCAGAGUCAGGUCUUGCUGGCAUACUACGACAGUCUGCACACCCCCUAGUCCUCUUCUUCCUCUACUUUUUCCGAGUGGCCGCUAUCACAGUCUACAUCCUCUGUGGGUUUUUCAUAUCAAACUAUGUCCUUUCCUCCGUGAUUGUUGUCGUCCUGCUCGCAAUGGACUUCUGGAACUGCAGGAAUGUAGCAGGUCGGCGCCUGGUCGGCCUGCGGUACUGGAACCAGGUCGAUGAUGACGGCUCAAGCUAUUGGGUGUUCGAAAGCCGCGACCCAUCUCGACCUGCCAACCCCAUUGAUUCGAAGAUGUUCUGGAUCGCGGUGUACACCUUCCCGCUGCUCUGGCUCGCGCUCCUGAUCGUCUCCUUCCUCAAGUUCAACCUGUCCUUCGUGCCCAUCGUCGUCCUGGCGCUCGUGUUCAACGUCACGAACGGCAUUGGCUUCACCUACGCCGACCGCGAUGCCAAGCAGAAGUGGGCGAACAACCUCGCGUCCUCCGGCUGGAACAUGGGCAUGGGCGGCCUCGGCGGGCAGAUCCUGACGGGCGUGGUCAAGAACAGCGUCGGCCGCGUCUUCGGGUGAAGUACGCGGGGCCCUCGGGCGAUUCGCACCGCUAUUCUUGCACGCAUAUAUUUUUCAUUCAC